AGAGGCAUGUCCACAAGAGCAAGAAGAAGUCAUCCAACAGAGAAUCAGCCAAGCCUUUUUUCGUAGAAUUCCAACUGGAAUACAGGACACACAAUGAAAGGGAUUCAUUCUCUGGCUGGGUUGCUGCUUUUGAUUAUCGUUCAAGGAAGCUGGCAAGUCCCCUUGCAGGACACAGAGGAUAAUUCAAGAUUACUUACAGAAGACAGUUCUAUUGAUGAACCCAGGGAACUUACAAAUGUGAAGAGACAUUCACAAGGGACAUUCACUAACGAUUACAGUAAAUACCUGGACACAAGGCGUGCUCAAGACUUUGUUCAGUGGUUAAUGAGCACUAAGCGAAGUGGGGGAAUUACAAGACGCCAUGCUGAUGGUACCUACACUAGCGACGUCAGCUCCUACCUGCAAGACCAGGCUGCCAAGAAAUUUGUUACUUGGUUGAAGCAAGGACAAGACAGAAGAGAUUUUUCAGAGGAGAGCAGUGAGACUGAGGAAAUGUACAGAAGACAUGCGGAUGGAAGCUUCACCAGUGAUGUUAACAAUGUUCUAGACAGUAUUGCUGCAAAGGAAUUCAUAAUCUGGGUCAUGAACUCUAAACCUUCUGAAGAAAGCGAACCCUUUAAUGUGUAACAGCGAAAGAAGAAAUGUGCUUCCAUGUUCAGGAAUGUUUUUGGUACUGAACAGCACUGUCGCAGCUGGGAAACCUUCAAGAUCUUGUUUCAGCAAAAGACCUUGGAUGUCACUAAAAAAAGCCAUACUUUUUUUGCAUGCAAUUAAAAUAAUUAAAUUGUAAAUCUUUGAAUUAUUUAAGAAAAUAAACACAGAGUAAAAGAUAUAAAGUGCAUUGUUCAAUG